AUGGGAGGAUUUGCAGUGCUCUUAGGGCUCUAUCCAGACUUCUUUACUAAGAUAUCCAGGGAGAAGGAAGAAGAUUUUAGAGGUUACCUCACGGUUGGUAUUCAGUGGAUCAUCUUCAUGGGAUACUUGCAGAUACUCAAGGCUUUUACGUCAGGUGGAGAGAAGGGACAUAUUCAAUGGUUCUACUAUUCUCUACUAUUUCAACACUUUUUUACCUCUAUCAUAGGUGCAGGCAUUGGAUUUAUAGAUGUGGACAGGGCACUUUGGUACCUUAUAAAUAUCCCUGUAUCACCUGUCAUCAUCUUCUUGUACCAGAUGCUAAUCCAUAUGUGGUUUAGAGACUAUAGACCUAGGGAUAUAGGGUAUCUUGUGGUUGAGAAUCAGAUAUGGCUAGGACUUUCCAACUCAUUUAUGGUGAUGGUACUGUGGACAGUUGGUUACUUCCCAGAUUUUAUACCUACAGAACCCAUUCCAGAUGUAUUAGAGAUAAGAAUGGAGCCAAAUAAUGGCCCUCCAUACACUUGUGACUACCCAGCAAAUACUACCAGUGGUAAGACUGUUAACAUUAUUGUCGAAAGAACCACCGACCCUCCCGGAUCUAACUUCUACAGGUACACUCAUAAGGUUUCUAAUGGGGAGCCACAAUUCACACUAAAGAAAGUACAAGGUGAUGGUAGUCAAAAGAUAGAAGGGAUUCCUCCUAAUAAUUCCGAUGGAAAGGCAACCGCCGUUUCCGCUUAUUACUGGACUGGUAAUACAAAUAAGGAUAUCCUAGUUGAAGUGGCGUAUACUGGGUCAGGAACUACUUAUUAUAAGAAUAGCAGUGGUGAUAAGUGGGUUGAACAUGGACAACUCUCAAAAAAUGCUGAGAACCUUGAACAAGAACUUGAUAACCUUAACUGUUAUAGCAAUAAUGCUGUUACCCUAGACCUUACCCAGAGUGUAUCCAAAAAAGGAGAACAGUACUGUUGUGAUGGUCAUAAGGAUGGUCCCAGGGUCACUAUUCAGAAUGUACCAGUUAAUCAUCCACAUGUGGGCUCAAACAAUCUUACAGUCAAAAAAUACUCCAUUACUGGUCAGAAACUUGCAGCUAUCAAGCUUUACAGUGGAAAGAAUAGGAAGCGUAUAAAGUUUGAUAAUGGACAACAAUUUCCCACCUCUGAUGUAGAAAGUGUGUAUGCAUUAUACUAUGGCAAGAGUCAGAACCCCGUCUUGAUUUGUGUCGGAAAGAAUGGAAACCAAAAUCCUACAGGUUGGUACAGGAGUGGUAGUUCUAACACAUGGACAAAAGCUACUGAACUCGAUGGCAUAACACCAGAAAAUAUUACCGAAUGCGCCAACUGGAAUUCUCUUGUAAAGGGACUUGACGAGCAUAGUGACAGUGACUUGCAAGACUGUUCUCAAGAGAAGCUUAGAGAACAAAAACUACAAACACAACAAGAAGCACAACGUUCUGGAGGUGAAGAAUCUGAAGGACAAGGAUAUAAAGCUGAUGCUGGUGGCAAAGAAGCUAGAGCUCAAGAUGGUGUUGGUCCUGGUGGCGGUAAAGGAGAAUCUGGACCUCCUGGAGCUAGUGGUGGAGGACCUAGAGGAUCUAAUGGUCUACCUGGUCCUCCUGGAGGUGGUUCUACUGCUGCUAGUGGAGAUACUAUAGAAGAUACUCCUCAAGCUGCUUCUGAAGCUCUUACUAUUUCUGCUACUCAAGAUUCUCAAUCUACUACUCCUACUGCAAUAACUGCUCAAGCUCCUGCUGCUAAAGAAUCUGCUUCUGAACCUCAAGCUCGUUCUGGUGCUGAAGCUGGAACUGCUCUUUCUCAUGGUCAAGGAAAUUCUCCUGGUCAAAACCCUCUUAAAGUUGGCAAUCAUCAUACUGAUAUAAAGACUAUCUCUAUUGGUGUCUCUUCUGUUAUUGGUACUUCUGCCUUGGGUUAG